UCCCUGGCAACGGCUUGUUGUUGGCAACCCAGCGACCCUCAGGCGGUGGUCGGGUUGGAGCUGCCCGGGGAGGCGCCCGCCAUGAAUCCCCAGUCCGGACCCCUGGGGGUCCUGGAAGAUGAUAAGGACCAACAUUCAGCCUCUGGGAUUCUCGGGCCCUCGAUCCAUUCCGAAAAUCCUCAGGAGCGGAUCCAAGCCCGGCGCCUCCGCAUCGCCGCGCGCCUGGAGGCCCGGAGACGGGAAGCGCUUGGAGAAUACUUAGAUGGGAAGAAGGAGAGCGAAGAAGACCAGAGCAAGAGCUAUAAGCAGAAGGAAGAGAGCAGACUGAAACUGGCCAAACUGCUGCUCUGUGGCACGGAGCUGGUGACGAACAUCCAGGUGGCCACAGACAUCAGAGAGAUCCACAGGAGGGUGGAAGAAGAGGAGCUGAAGCGCCAGAGGCUCGAAAAACUGGAGAAUGAAGUCAAGACCAGCCACGACAAAUUCGACGAAAUCACUGCCAAGUGGAAGGAGGGCAAAGAGAAGAAAAUUCCCCAGGAACUGUGGGAAAUGCUCAACACCCAGCAGGAGCACUGUGCUGGGCUGAUAGAAGAUAAGAACAAGCUUAUCAACGAGUUACAGCAGGAGUUAAAAAUCAAGGACGACCAGUAUGUGAAGGACUUGAAGAAACAGUCGGAUGACAUCAGCCUGCUGCUGGAGAGGAUGGAGGAACAAGUGAAGAGCGUGAUGAAGACCUUCCGUCAGGAGCUCAACCACAUCGAGAAAGCAUUCGAGGUGGAGCGGCAGGAGCUCCUGGUCAGCAACAAGAAGAAAUGGGAGCGGGCGCUGCAGGCUCACAACGCCAAAGAGCUGGAGUACCUCACGAACCGGCUCAGGAAGGUGGAGGAGUACGAGAGGCAGCUGAGCAAGCAGAGGGUCUGGGAUUUCGAAGAGUACAACAUGAUCAAGAUCAAGCUGGAGCAGGACGUGCAGAUUCUUGAGCAGCAGCUUCAACAAAUGAAAGCGACUUACCAGCUAAACCAAGAAAAGUUGCAGUACAACUACCAGGUGCUGAAGAAGAGAGACGAGGAAAGCACGGUGAUUAAGUCCCAGCAGAAGAGGAAGAUCAAUCGCCUGCACGAUGCACUCAACAAUCUGAGAUUAAGAUACGCCAAGCAGAUAAAGCAGUUUCAGGAGGACAACCAGUCGCUAACCUCUGAAUACAAGCGCCUUGUGAUACAGUACAAGGAGCUGCAGAAAUCCAUGAGGCAUUUUACUCUCAUUGAUGAUGAGAAGUUUCGGGAAAUUUGGCUGAUGAAUGAAGAGGAGGCAAAGGAUCUGAUCAGCAGAGCCUUCAAUAUAGACAGGAUCAUCCACACUCAUCACCUGGGGCUCCCCUGGACGGCCCCUGACUUCUGGUUCCUGAAGAACGUGGGGCCCAUAUCUCAGAGGCAGCGGAAGUCCGCCACGCGCAUCUUGGAAGAAGUGCUGAUGCAAACAGAAGAGGAGGAGGAGGAGGAGGAGGCCAGCGAAGCGUCAGAGUCUUACCUGGACCUGCCAAAGCGAGUUUCAGCGAAAACUACCAGGAAGAUCCUGAUGCUCCUGUGCGACGAGUCGGGCUUCCUCAUCGAGAGCAAGCUGCUGAGCCUUCUCCUCCCCCUGGAGAAGGACGAAUGCUACCUGCUGAGGCUGGACGCCAUUUUCUCAGCCCUUGGAAUUGAAAAUGAGGAUGACCUGUAUAAACUGGUGAACUUCUUCCUCAAAUACCAAGCUCAUCACCUGCCUUCCAGCCAGGAGCGAGCGAGCCUGGCACUCUCACUGGACUCGGGCAAGCAGCUAGACCUCCAGGGGGAGGAGGAGGAAAGUCCCAAGGAAGAGGAGCCUCCCCCUUCUCCCAGGCUCAUCCACCCCAACGAUGUCCUUAAGAUUCUGGAGGCCUUUGUCAUGGGCCUGAGGAAGCCCAGGGACACUCGGGCACCAGUGAAGUUGCUGAAGGAAGUGCGAGACAGCUCUAAGGACUCCGAGUACUGGAAGGCCCUGGCCACGGUUGUCUCUCAGGCCACGCAGAACCUCUGGGACGGUCUGUACCUGGCCUUGGAGAAAUACCACCUUGUCCUGACGCAGAGGGCCAAGCUGCUGGCAGAGAACAGUGCCCUGGAGCAGCAGAACACGGAGCUCCAGGUGCUGCUGCAGCGGUACCUGCACUCCAAGGUAAACUCGGAACUGCAAAUUCCUCCGAUUCAGGUGUUCCAGAUGCCCACGAAACCCAGCAAGCCCUGACGAGGUGCUGUGUCGGCGCGGGCACUGGUGUCGGUGCUGGUGCCGGGGCUGGCACGUGUCCCCUGGGGGAGCUGCAAGGUGUGCUCUGCAUUGCCCAGAGCUGCUACUGUAAAGUGACAAGAGCAGUGACCUGUAUCCUGUAGUCAUGAUUAAAGUUAUUACAAAGUUG